CACUGAAAGGGGAGAGCUGCAAUGUCACAUUUCCUGAAAUGAAAGGGAAAAAUUGUCUGAGCGACAGCAGAGCAGUCGAGACAAGUCUCUCUGUUUCUCUCUAAAGAAACAUUCAACUGAUCAGCAGCUUUUUCUCAACAACAGCUGAAUCUCUGCCAAACACUGUUGGUGAUUUCAUAGAAAUAUGACCACUGAACUGCACAUAGUGUCGAUAUGUCUGCUGCCAGCUGUCUGCUGACUGAAGAUCAGUUUCUGUGCUCCAUCUGUCUGGAUGUGUUCACUGAUCCAGUCACCAUACCAUGUGGACACAACUUCUGUAAAACCUGCAUCACUGAACACUGGGACAUUAAUGUCCCGUUUCAGUGUCCCAACUGUAAUAAGGUUUUCUACACAAGACCUGAGCUGCAGGUCAAUACUUUCAUCUCUGAGAUGGCUGCUCAGUUCAGACAGUCAGCUCAACAGAAAGCCAGCAGCAGCAGCAGCUCAGAGAAACACAUGUCCAAACCAGGAGAAGUUCCCUGUGACGUCUGCACUGGAACCAAACUGAUGGCCCUGAAGUCCUGCCUGGUGUGUCUGGUCUCCUACUGUGAGACUCACCUGGAGCCUCAUCAGACAGUUUCACGUCUGAAAAAACAUCAUCUGAUCGACCCUGUGGAGAACCUGGAAGGCAGGAUGUGUACCAAGCAUGAUAAACUGCUUGAGCUGUUCUGUAAGACCGACCAGAUGUGUGUCUGUAUGCUCUGCACCUACUCAGACCACAAGACACAUGAUGUUGUUCCUCUGAAAGAAGAAUAUGAAGAAGAGAAGGCCAAGCUGGGAAAGACAGAGGCUAAAAUCCAGCAGAUGAUCCAGAAGAGACAACUGAAGAUUCAGGAGAUCAAACGCUCAGUGGAGCUCAGUGAGGAAGAUGCAGACAGAGAGAUAGCAGAUGGUGUUCAGGUCUUCACCGCUCUGAAGGAGUCUGUUGAGAGAAGCCAGGCUGAGCUCAUCGACACGAUCAAAGAGAAGCAGAGAAAGAUGGAGAAACAGGCUGAAGGCUUCAUCAAGGAGUUGGAACAGGAAAUCUCUGAGCUGAAGAAGAGAAGCACUGAGGUGGAGCAGCUCUCACAGUCUGAAGACCACUUCCACGUCCUCCAGAGCUUCACGUCCCUGAACGCUGCUCCACCCACUAAGGACUGGACACAAGUCAGCGUCCGUCCACCGUCAUAUGAGGGGACUGUGCUGAGAGCUGUUAAUCCGCUGGAGAAGAAGCUCAGUAAACAGAUGAAGAAAUUGUUGGAUGUUGAGCUGAAGAGGGUUCAGCAGUUUGCAGUGGAUGUGAUACUCGAUCCUGAUACAGCACAUCCAAAACUCAUCCUGUCUGAUGAUAGAAAACAAGUUAAACAUGGUGAUGUAAAGAAGAAUCUCCCAAACAAUCAAGAGAGAUUUGAUACUUGUCCUUGUGUCAUAGCAAAGCAGAGUCUUUCUUCAGGAAGAUUUUAUUAUGAGGUUCAGGUUAAAGGGAAGACCAAGUGGGAUUUAGGAGUGGUCAGAGAGUCGAUCAACAGGAAGGGAAAAGUCACACUGACUCCUCAGAAUGGUUACUGGACGAUAUGUUUGAUGAAUGAAAAUGAGUUUGAAGCUUGUGCUGACACCCUAAUUGAUCUCUCUCUGAAGUCUCGUCCUGAGAAGGUGGGGGUGUUUGUGGAUUAUGAGGAGGGUCUGGUCUCCUUUUAUGACGUUGAUGCUGCAGCUCUCAUCUACUCCUUUACUGGCUGCUCCUUCACAGAGAAACUCUACCCAUACUUCAGUCCCUGUACCAACAAUGGUGGUAAAAACUCUGCCCCUCUGAUCAUUUCUCCUAUUAAUCACACAAAGUAGAACAACCAUCUGAUUUUCUACAGAAAACUUCACUUUCAUUUAAUGUAAAAAGAAAAAAGACAUGGUGAUAUACAUGGUUGAUUUUUCAGAUUCUGAUCAAUGCGUUUUUUCCUUUUUUCUGUAAAUGUUUUUCUGAUGCGUCAAGUUACAUUACACAGAUUUUACGAAACCGAUUGAUUUGAAGGGUUUUAAGGUUUUACAUUUCAGAUUAAAAAACACAUUAAGGGA